CUCUUUUCGCCAAUAAGGGAAACUCUUGUACGCAUGUCUUUCUAUCUCCAUGUGAGUACUUCUUGCCUGCUAGUUAGUUAACUUACUAGCUGAAGAAAAAUCAUGCUGCGUCGAGAGGUGAGGCAGAGACGAGAGUACCUGUACAGGAAGGCUCAAGAGGACAGGCUCCGAACCAUUGAGGAGAAGAAACAGAAGCUGAAGGGUGCACUUGAUGAAAAUCGUCUUCUGCCAACCGAGGUACGCAAAGAAGCUUUGCAGCUACAGAAACUACUGGAGUAUGACGAUGAAGGAGCAGAAGGUGUCAGCUCACACAUGGAUGAUGAGUAUAAAUGGGCUGGAGUUGAAGAUCCUAAGCUCAUGGUCACCACAUCCAGAGACCCCAGCUCCAGACUCAAAAUGUUUGCCAAGGUAAGGCCGGUUUUUACUCUGUAAGGAGCCGCUUGGUUAGGAC